AUGGCGUACCCCAACCGAGGGCUGCUGAAGGCAGCCAUGGGGCACUACUUGACGGAGAGUGCCCGCACCGCGCUGGAGGCUUUGGAGCCAGACGAGGACGUGAUCGAAAUGGGCCCCAGGAAACAGAUGCCGACCGUGGGACCUAACCAGCUGCUGGAGAUGCCACUCUUUGCCAAGCUCCCUUUCCUACCCGGCUCCAACACAAUGUUCUACACAACAAAUUUGGGCGAAAAGCUGUACCAGCCGACGGCCACUUUUGACCUGAAUGACCCUUACUGCAAAGUCAUGGCCCCCAGGUACAACAGCCUCCACGACCCUCACCUGCGUGCCUACCACAAGCGCAAAGACAACCUGCGGAGGCUGAAACGGGCCGGCCACAUCACAGACAGAAACAAGGUUGUGUGCACGCUGAAGGAGUUCAAUGAAUAUAGGCACUACCUGACUUCACUCAAGCUGGACUUUGAAAAACACUACAUCCGAGAGCAAAAAAUGUUGGAAAAGCAAGUCACCAAGCUCCAAGACACGGCACACAUUCCAGAGGGUGCCGACACUUCCAGAUAUCGGGAGUGGCUCCUGAAGGAGGAGAGGCCGACAAAGCAGGAGCAGGAGCAUGUGAUGAGGAGCAGGUAUUUAGAGCUGAUCAACCAGGAACUGGCCAAGCUGGAACAGCUCGCCGAAGAGAACCGGCGCCUCGCUCUGGCUCAGGACGACAAGAAGCAGCAGGGCGUGGAGAAGAAGAAGCAGCUGCUCCUGCGGAGGAAAAUGGAGGAGGAAUGGAGGAAAAAGGAAAUGAUGCUCCUGGUGAAGAUUGGGAAUGAGGUGAAACGGGAAGGCAGAAUUGAAGAACAGCGGCAGAAGAGCGAGGAGGAGAAGCUGAGGAGGAAACAAGCCGUACUGGAAAGGAAGAUGGCGUACCACCUGAAGAAGCUGGAGGAGAAGUUCUGCAGGGAAGGCCUCCCAGCCACUGACAAGCUCUUUCCCACAACGGUCCCUGACCAGGGGCCGCCGGCCGAGAAGCCAGGAGCCACGGGAAAGGGAAGUGCGGAAACCCCAAGGGAGUCCACAGAGCUGGCGGGCAAGAAGUCCACGGGCCUCUUCAACAACAAAGGAGAAGGGCCCCAAAAAGGUCCUCCUGCCUCAGACCUCUUCGCUCCUGCAGCAAGCUGCUCCAGCAGGCUGCGGGAGCAGGACGAGCUGCUCCGGACCCGCCGGGUAUGGGAGCAAGACGAGCUGCUCUGGACCCGCCGGGUGCGGGAGCAAGACGAGCUGCUCCGGACCCGCCGGGUGUGGGAGCAAGACGAGCUGCUGCGGAUCUGCUGGGUGUGGGAGCAAGACGAGCUGCUGCGGAUCUGCUGGGUGCGGGAGCAAGACGAGCUGCUGUGGAUCCGCCGGGUGCGGGAGCAAGACGAGCUGCUGCGGACCUGCUGGGUGUGGGAGCAAGACGAGCUGCUGCGGCUCCACCGGGUGCGGGAGCAAGACGAGCUGCUGCGGCUCCGCCGGGUGCUGCAGCACCAACGGCAAAUCUGGCUGCUGCAUGUCUGGUGGAUGUGGCAGCAUGAGCAGCAAAGCCCCUGGCGGCUACGAUUCGAGCGGCAGCAGCAGGCAUGGGACCAGGAGCCGCACGAGCAAGCUGCCCUUCUUGUCCUCAGCUGGUUCCCUCUGGCCCAGGAGAGGGGCUGCUGGGACAUUAGCACUUUGUUUCUGCUGGCCAAAGGCAUCCUGUGCCACAUCCCGUUCUGCCAGAGUGAGCUAGGCAACCCGUCCUCGAAAGAAAGGUGCUCAAGCAAGAAGAAGCGCGUUGAGAAGAACAAAGCAGAGCACGUGGCCUCCACGUCGCAGGACAAUGAGGACUCGGAGCCCUCGUCUUACCUGCGGCAUCUGUCUACUUUAGACCAGCCAGCACUUCAGGACAGCCUGAGAGGAAAAGUCUCUGCUCUGGAACUGAACGGCAUAAUUCAGAACAUCAUGACCUGGGUGGUGUCGGCCGUCACCAGCAUCCUCUACCCGGCCCUCACAAAGUUCGAAGAGCGGGUCAGGACACGAGUUUACACCAUCUCGGAGGAGUCGGUGCUGUCCUCCGAGAGCAGCAGCAGCAGCUGCAGUAGCUGCAACGAAGGCAUCUCUGAAGCCUACAGGAACCUUCCAUCCUCUGCCAGGAAGGUCAGCUUUACUGACACCAGCAUCAAGCCCACGGCCCAGCAUCAAACCAGUGGGAAGCCCACAUCCUUGCUCUCCUCGAAGUCCUCCUGCACCUCCUUCUCCAAGAGUGCCCCCAUGUCUGCAGCCAGUGACAUCUUCAAAGGGAAGUUCAAGAGAGGGAAAACGGCGAUCUUCUUCUCCCCGUCCAAGCACAGCGGUCUUCUGUCCACCACAGCAAGCAUGAGGAGCUCCAAGUCAGACAGCUACAUCUUCCAGAUGCGGAGGGCGGCUUCCGACACCCUCGAGAAAGCUGUCGCUUCAUGCCACAGCAAGCGCAAAUCCAUACUGCCAAGGGUGCCUCUUUCCAAAGCAGAUUCUACCAAUACAGCCACCACCGACACAGAAAGGAUUCCCUUUGCUGCAGGGGAGCAUGGAUCCCCACAAGUCUCAGCAGAUCAAAGAGAGGACACUGACUCGAGAGACCUGAAGAGUGUUUUUUCUGACCUGAAGGAUCCCCUCGUCAAAAUAACAUCCAUUUUCCUCGAUGAUAUUUUCAAGAAGGUCUUGGGUGACUUGGGUUUCGUGGUGUCUUCCAUCUCCAUUUCUGCAGAAGUCCUUCUCGAAUCCAUCUCAGAAAGCCUUCUGGGAAGCCACCCUGCGGGCUCGCCUGGUGCUGGUUCAGUCUCGAGGAUUGCCAGCUUCGUCGCCAAUGACCUUGUUGAAAGUGUGCUCAACAAGCUGCACUCCACAGCCCAGAAAAAAUACAUGGAAACCAUCUCCAGAGACAGCUUCGCCACCGAAUGCAAAGCACUCUGCAUGGUGGCUGCUGGAAAGCACGCCUUUCCCGACCCGUCCUUCUGGAGGGCAUGGAUGCCUCUGUCCCUUGAGUCCAUUCAUGGCAUUGCUGAGGAGAUCAUUCAGCUCAUUGUUGAUAAACUGCAAGUAUUUUCGAGUCUGAGCCAAACAAAAGUGUCCCAGUUUGAGUUGUGUGCCAAAAUAAAGGCCCUCGGCGUUCCUCUCGAGCAGCUGUAUGCAGCAAUCCCGCUGCACACGGUGGAAUCCGAAGCAGCCCAUGCGAUUGUCAGGGACACCAUGCGCAAAGUCAUCUCCAAAACCGUGGCAUCUUCGGAAACAAACCUCCUCCAGUAUGUGGAGGAAAUGAUCAGCAGCAUCCUUGGCUACAUCCAGAGGCAAAUGAGCCCCGAAGGAGCCAUUCCCACAAGGGAGAGCUCCGUUCUCAUCCAGCUCAUCAAUGACGUGUUCAAUGACUUGAGUCUGGAAAAACUCUGCGGUGUUUCCGCAGCAGCAAAAACCACAGCCAGCCCCAAGAAGGAAGGGGAGCUCGUGCAUCAGGACAUCCUUGCUGUUCCUGAAGUAAAAGCGACAACAGUGACAACACUCUUCACAGCCGACCGAUUGGUGAGGAAGUCACUUCCUCCUGUUAACAUUCCUGGAAUGGUAAUUUAUUCAGAGGCAGAAACGGAGGAGAAAGACAGGAAGGAAGCUGAUGGAACCUCAUCAUUGGUCAACCGGGAGCAGAAAGUGUUGGUUGUGGGAGAGGGUCAAGAUACGGUUAGACAUGAAAGUUUUGGCCUUGAAUCACAGCAAAGGAGCCAGCCUCACCCCAAAUCAUCCCUCCAAGGUGCCCAGGGAUUUCAGGACCAAGACAGGAAGAAGGGACCAAAGGGUUUGGAAAAGACAGAAAGGUAUUUGGAAAAACUUGUCCCAGAUGCCAUCUUUUCUUCCCUUGAAGCUCAGCAGACCACAACUGUAGAGUGGACUUUAGAGCAGGCCUUGGAGAAAAUGGAAAAAGACUUCAAGGAGCAAGAACAAUCACCUAUUGUCCAACUUGUGCGGGAUUUCUUGAACGAAAUGUUCCGGCAUGUCUGGGCUGAGCAACCAAUUUGGCCUCCCAGGGCUCCUCCAUCUCUUGCCCACAUGAGCACAAACAGACAGCAGGCAGAGGAGGGGCCUGUGGCCAAAGGACAGCCAGAGUCCAGCCGUCUGGGUCCCGUCUCUGACGCAGACGUCCACGCGCUUGCAGGGGACUUGGUGAGAACAGCCUUCCAAAAGAUCUCCCGUGCCACACAAACAGACCCACAAGACAUCUCCAGGAGACCAAGCCUGGUUAUCACUGAUAUUCUUCCUCUGAAUAUGCCCACAGACGCUGCAAAAGGGCUACCAGCUGUGCAUUUCAGAGAUCCAGAAAUGCCCUUUCCAUCGGGACACCUGCAGGAGACAACUCGGCCCCUCACAAACGUCACAGACGAUCCAGCCAAGACCACCCAGCAUGAACAUAGCCUUUCGUUUGCUAAAUCGGAACUGACUAACGACCUCAGGCAAACCUUUAUAGCAAAGCUGGAAACUUUUGUCACUUCCAAAAUUGAAUCUCAGCUGUGUUUGGAUGUGAAAAACCUAAAAACAUCCAUCAGUUCUGACUUUUCCUCUGCCAUUCAGCAGGAAUUCAAGCGAAUACUAGCAAACCAGUGUGGUGCGGAAAGUAUUUUUAAUUCCUACAGUAAUUCCAUUUUAGCAGAAAAGCAAAAAGUGGAACCCGCACUGUCAUUGUCUCAACUGAACUUAAGGUCACAUGCGCAGGAAGUGGCCAAGAUGAUGCUGAAAAGUCUAAAACAUGGAUUGGAUAAAGGAACUGAGACUCCUGUUAUAUUCUCCGAAAGCAUCGCUGCUAGCCAGAUCAUCAGCAUGGUUUUAGCUGUUCUUGUUCCCCAUGAAAACCUCACCGAAUCCCAGCAUCCCUCAUCACGGAAACAGAGUGUGCUAGAAAAACUUUUUAGGAAAAACCCAGCCUACAAAAAAGAUCUUCAGUUCCAAAUACAGAACACAGUUGAACUGUUUCUCAAUGAAAUCUACCAGACCAUCAUGCUGGAAAUGGGGAGCUCCCUGACCGAGAAGCUGUGUGCACCGGGAGGGAAGGCAGCAGCAGAGGACACCUUCAAGAAAGUGCCUUCCAGAGCAGCUGUGGCGAAGUCGGACGCGUCACUGGUUUCCUCUGAGUUGGUGGAUAUCAUAUUGGAAGACUUGCGUUCUGGACUCGCGGCUGGCCUGAACAUGAAGGGGACUCUCUCGGCCCGGUUCCACUCUCUUCUCUGGGAUCUUGUUCAGGGGACAGUCGAGCCGUUUGCCCAGCUCAUCAGCCGAGGGGCCAAAGCCAAGUGUGGGAGCCAUUCCUUGGACACCCCGAGCCAGCCGAAGGUGGAGCAAAGCAGGAAAAUGGCCAGAUGUUCUAUGAAGCUGCUUCCAGACUUGAAGGACUUUUCCUCUGAAGGGAUCACCAAGUACUUAGUUGACAACAUUCUCCUCCGGCUCAACAUGUUUGCAGAAGAGAAACUGGAAAGUGAGUUGGCCCUUGCUCCACAGCAGGAGAAAGAGCAUCAGUCUGAAGGCAGAUAUGCAGCGUCCACCCAAGGAGCAGGUCAGGGUCACUGCAGGACGCAUGGGCCACAGGCUCCAGCAACCAAAGCAGGCAGCUACCGUGACAAAGCGAGGCUAGCUGUCCAGGCCUCCCAGUCCAAUUUGAAGCUCUGUGCCGAGAAGCUGACAUGUACCAUCCUGACAGUCAUUCAGAAGGACCUGGAACGGGAAAUGCUUUCUUGCCAGGGCAUCAUCCCUUACGAAGAGAAUGCUUCCGCCAACGAAAUCAUGAAUGAUCUCCUCCAGAUCUUAUCUGUCCAGAUAGCCUUAACAGAAAAUGAGGUUCAGAAGAGGGUUCUGAAAAGGAUCUUUCAGAGGCAACCAGCAGGCCAGAGUGGAGGCUUCCCCUUGCUAGCAAGAGUGGAAGAUGUUCUCAGCCAGGUUACCCAGAGGAUCCUGGGUGAUCUCGGACAUUUGCCCUCUUUUAACAAUGAGACACAGUUUCUCAGCUCCGAAUCCAAGUCCUCCUCCUAUAAUGGGAUGACUGAGACCAUCUCACAGGCAAACACAGCUGGUGUUGCUGGUGACAUUGUGGAGGGUGUGCUGAGCAAGAUGUACUCGGUUGUGGUGGGGACACUCUUUAGCUCCAGUGGAUCACAGUCAGCACUGGACAGUCUGAGCAGCAACAGACUGUCCAAUGAGGCACCCUGUCUCACCGGCAAAUCGGACCUCCAGAAGAUGACUUUGGCGCUGUCUCAGCUCCAGCCCCCACCACGGUCCUUGGGGGAGGAACUAGUCCAAAGUGUUUUGAAUAAAAUUGCCUGUUUUGCUGCAUCCAAUCUGGAGGAAGUCCUUCCGUCAUCCAUGGGACAGAAGCGGAAGUCGCACGCAUUGCUUCAGCAUGAGAUCCAGGGAAUGGGAGGCAUGCUCUGGAGGCCAAGGCUCUUCUCAGAUGGCUCAGAAGGCUCACUCAUGAGGGUCAGUUUGUCUAAGUCAGACUUGACAGUCUAUGCCAAAGAUGUGGUGAGCAACGUUUUGGGAACCAUCAUCGAUGGCUUCAAGAUGGAAGACUAUCACAGAACCAUCUUGCGGGUCAACACCUUAUCCUCAGAGCAGAUCUCCAUUGCGAGUGACCUGGUCCAUUCUGUGGUACAUGACCUGCACACCAAUGACAUACAGAUUUCUCACUUGCACAAGCACACCUCCGUGAAACACGGCAAGGUGGAUGGCCUUCCUUCAGCCCAGAUGUGCUUCCAGUUUGAAUUAUCAACCAAAGAGGCCCGGGGAAAAUCCAAAGGCCUUUUCUAUGAAGACUUCUCAUCCUACCUCAAGCAAGUGCUUCCAAAGAAUGGGAUUUUAAGGGAAAUAUAUGAACAACAGCCAUUGUCUGAUGCGACCAUCAACGAAAGCUUGGAGAUGCUGCAGGUGGCAGAGAGCAUCAUCAGUGAGGUUCUCAUGAGAACCCGAGACCUGGAGGCGUCUGUCUGCACUCUAAGGAAAAUACCAGGAGAAGUGAGUGAGAGGUUGUUCUGUUAUGGCUUCCAAAGGGCUGGAGCACCUGCACUUGUCCACAGUGACUCUCGGGCAGAGAUCGACUCUAUUGCAAGAGACAUUGUGGCAAGUGUGUUUGAAAGUGUGCAGAAAUGUUUAGCAUGCAGUGUUCCUGCCACACACGAAAAGGACAGUUUUCUGGGAAGGAAAAGCCAGGCUGUACCAAAGGGAUCUGGGAAAAUGCUCAAGCACCGUUUUACCCAGCCGGAAUUUCCCUUUUACAAUGUUUCUCUGAAAAGUGCCAUGGACACAAUUGACAAAAUAGCCAAAGAAACUGUUGAAUGUGUGUUCCUCAUGCUGGAGACCUUUGUUGCCCGGCAUUUCAGACAAGACUUCAAGUGCAAUUUCUUGGAAAUUGUGAAAUUCCCAUUAGAAGGCCUUUCUUUUGCCCAGCCGACAAGAUCUUUGGAUUCCCUCUUGACCCAGGUAGGAAGUGUGGCCGAAGCCACCGUGGAAUCAUUCCGAAGUCAGUUACAAGGAGCUGCAGGGAAAGAAGCACUGCCAACUUUGGGAUCAAGCCACAACUUUCUGGACUUUUCCAAGUUAGGCAGUGCCAUAACGAGGGAGUGCAUCGAAACGGCGAUUCAGCAGGUACAGGUGCUCCACUCGGAGCUGAACGUGUACGCCAACAACGCUGUCAGCGGCAUCCUCGAAAUCAUCAAGCGCACCCUGGACAGGGAGCUGGCGCAAAAGGAGGCCACCCUGUUCAGCAGCUCUUCCGAAAGCCUGGUCCUCAGCGAGACCAUCAGCGUCAUGCUGGAUCGCUGCAACGAGAGCCUCACCGAGAUCACGUCGGAACUGAUGCUGGAGAGCCUCCAGCGGGAAGUGUCACGGCAAGGCUUGGCUCGGGAGCUGGCUGCAUCGCCGGGGGUGAGAACAACUUCCCGGAAGCGCAGAAGAGUUGAUCUGAGGGAGCGCUUCCCCCGCAUCAAGGCACCCGGGAUGGUGGUCUAUUCAGAGGAGGAGACCGAGGUGCACGAAGGACCCCCCUCUCAAUUUCCAUCUGUUUUUAAGUACGCAGAGCGGGGCUGCCACGUGACGCCGGAGAUGUGCAAAGGCCUGCCUCGCAGCACACCGGCUCCCGGGCCAAGGCCUCCGGCGAGGCGCAGGCGGAGCACGGCUUCAGGGGCAGCCAGGCCUGAUGUGCUGGAGGAUGAGUUGCUUCCCAGACAAAGUUCAGUUCCUGAGGGAAGCAUUUUUGGAAAGCUCUUCAAGCAAAGAGAAGACGUCAGACUGACCUGGCCAGAGCACCUGAGAAAGGCAGGCCCCCUCCCGCACCACGAGCCCCUGGCAAGGGCUUCUCCGCUCGGGAUCCCAGAGGGCUCCUGCUUGUCGGCCGCCUGCCCUCUGAAGCUGGGCCACACUGCUGAAACUAUCGUCAGUGCUCUCCUCAGCGAGUCCGGACUGGAGAACGAGGGGAUGGCACAAGCCGGCUGCUGUGGGAAAGCCAAGCACCACUUCCCCACCCUGGCAGAUACCUCUCCCCUGGGCACCUCCGGCUCCUCUGCGCUCAGAGGCUCAACGCUCGAGCGGCACAGCCUGCUCAGCCGCUGGGAGGGCCGGCUGAGCAGCUCCAGCGAGCAGACCGACCUGGCGGCUGGGGAAGGGGGCCUGCUGAUGCGGGAAGGGAGCAGCCUGCUGUCCAAGUGGGAGAGCAGGCAGUGCGUCUUUCGGUGCAGGAGCCCGGACCCUCACGGAGACCUGGAGCUGCUGGCUUGCGCGCACGUCCCAGACCCCUGUGAGAUCCAGCUGCUGGCCAGCCACAUUGUACUGAGCGUCAUCAAGGAACUGAUAGUCUUCCAGUCCAGAGAAGCUUUAGAUGAAAAGGCCUCCAGGAGCCCUUUGCCAGCAUGGAAGCACGAACUGAUCCAGUCGGAAUCCAGGUGGCUUCAAGAGCGGAUCUGGAGAUGCACCUACCUGCCACCUUGCAGAAAACAGUCUUCGUGCCUUGAGGUGUUCUGGGAGCCACUGACCCAAGCCGUUGUUUCCAGGGUGCUCUUAAGUGUUUCAAAUUCAAGUGCACAAGACAACAUGAGAGAGAAGAAUGGACUCUUUGACAACAGCUUCUCCAUGUUCUGCUCUGUGGAUCCUUGCUGUCCAGCACAUGGGUUGGGCAGUCCCCACAGCCCUCUGCUGAACAUCGAAGAACUGGCUUUCCGUCUUUCCGAGGUGAUCCUUGGCAUCCUCCGCGAGCAACAUGUACUGCAAGAGAGCAUGAGCAGGAAAGGCUUUCAGGGGAGAAAGACCCCGUGCAUGUAUGUCCCACUCCUGCGUCUGGCUGACUUUGAUGAUGUUUACCAUCCCCUUGUGAAGGAGGUCAGCAACCUGCUGUCCAUGGAAAUCGAGAUGAGAGGCAGGUAUGUGAGCAACGGAAGAGCUGGCGACGGUUUCUCUCAGCAGCAACGCCUUUCCUCACGUUGCGUCAGCAGGGCUUCUAGAGGUGACUGCCGAGGCUCCAGUAACACCAAAUGGAUGGCUUGCCGGUCCCCCCCGGGCCAGGUGGCCCACAGAACCAAGAAACUCAGCUGCAUUGCUUCCAACCUGGACAAUUUUAUCCGCAGCCUGAAGAGCAGAGAAUCGAAACAACUUGUCAACCAAGUCUUGCACAUCAUUCUAGACUCACUGUGGUCCGAGCAGCCCCAGAGCAGUUUUGCGGGGUCUGUCUCCCACGCCCGACCUCCGAACGCAGCCUGCUCCCAAGGUGUGGAUCUGCCGGGUAAGAGGCGCUUCUUGUGCUCAUCCGUGUGUCCACAUGCUUACAGGCUUAGCAGUAACACGAUGAGUGGUGACCUGGGGCUCUCCCCCAAAUCUGUUGUCCUCUUGGACGUUGUGAGUGAAAAACUGAUCCGGACCCUCUUGGACAAAUGCCUCUCACCAGAGCAUUUCACAGGCACCAUGGCAUUCGAUGAAUCUCCAGAGGACGAGCUGUUCUAUGAUGAGAAGAGCGGCCUUUGCAAUGAGAGCGAACUCCUCCAGGAUUCUAGGAGGGGGCAGUCCGAUGCCUCUGUCUUCACCUACGACAUUCACUAUGCCGAGGAGCCCUGGGCAGAGGCCCAGUCAGGGCUGUCUUCCUACGAGUCAGCACUGGACAGCUUAGCUCACACUCUGGUAAAGCCUGUGAUGACACAGCUGUCCCUGAGCCUCGAGGAACCAGGGCGCAUGAGGCCCAUCCCGAAAAAGGCAGCAGGGUUCAUGCAGCCAACCUCCAGGAAGGUGCACGGCCAAUCGCUUGGCAAGAAGCAUGUCCGAUACGGUAAAACUGACGGAUAUUCCUCCUUCCCACGAGGCAAGAAACAGGAAUCCAAAGGGCCCAUUCCAGGGAGGCGUCUGCCACGAAGGAGCCUGAGAGAGAGAGAGGACACAGUUCUGGAAACAGCCGUGCGACACAGAACAUUCCACUCCAGACCAGCUGCAUCCACUGGCAAAUCAACGGCCAGAAAACCUCGCUCUGUGACCUGCAGAAAGAAAACCUACCGAAGAGAGGUGGUGACCAUGAUGGGACAUGGCGACCAGCCUGGCUUUGUCACAGUUUACUCUGCACUGUUUUUGAAGGAGGUUAUUUCUCUGCUCUUGAUCAAGAUCUUUUCUCUCUGCAGUAGGCUUGGCAAAGACUCCUCGGUCAACCUUCACGAGUUGAGCACUUUGUUUGUGAAUGCCCUGGUGGAAGAAUUCCGGCAAGCUGGCAUUGGGAUCCUGCAAGCAGCUGAAGAGAAGAUGUACUUCCCGUUGGUGGACAGCCAAACUGUCGACAAAAUAACUGACUCCAUUUUGAGGGAGUUUGGUUUCCAGUUAGCUGCUGAUGGAAGCAUAGGAAGGGACAUGGAGAGCCUGGCUGAGCGGGCGGCUGAAAUCAUCUUGACAGAAAUUCUAGAUUACCAGCUGCCGCCACAUAUAUGCAGAAGAUUGCCUCAAAGUGCCUACGAAAAUGUGCAAGCAGGACCAAUCAUCCAGAGAAUUGAGCACCGUGUCUGUUUCCCUAAAGUCCCAGAGCAAAGGCAAUCUCCCCCAACCUACAUUACCAUCUUAUCUCAGAAGUAUUUGGAAAGGGUAAUAAACCAGCUGCUGGCUCAUUUCUUCCCACCCUCGGAGGACAUCUCACAGAAGCAAGAGAAGAGGGACAUGUCAGGACCUGGCUUUGAUGAGCUGUCCUCUUAUAUGAUCACAGAGGUGAUGAAGUCCAUUGCAAAACACAAAAUCUGGGUGGCCAAAAGAGAUGACCAGUGCCAGCUACAUUCAGAGAAGGAGGUUCAGGGAAUGGUUGAUUCUGUCUACAAGAAUGUGCUGACAAGGUCCGGCUCGCAGACGGCCAUACAGGAAGACAUAAAGCACCAGAAUGCAACUCUGGUUGAGCACAUCACCAGCUUCAUCAUUCAAGAAAUCACAAAGCAUCACCUUCAGACAUUUCUGUCUAAAGAUGGCACCCCUUCAGGCAGUCCUGACCCUGAAGCACUGUCCGAGAACAUAGUCAGGACGGUCCUGGAUAGCAUCAGCAAGCCCUCAGUGUCUCAGGCCAAUGUUUUCCCAGCUAAGUACUUAGAGGAAAUAGUUUCCAGAGUUCUAUCCAAGAUCUUUGGCAUUUCCGUGGACAAAAAGGAAGUAGGCAAAGAGCAAUGCGACGCUGAGCUUGGCAAGGUGGCGAAAAGGUUGGCCAGUUCAAUCAGCUUGCCAUUUGGCCAGGCAUCCAACACUGAAGCACCCAGCAGUGGGGGGCUAAGUCUGGGGGCCCCACUGGCAGAUGUCAUGGAUGAUGUGGUUGACUCUGUGUGCAAGACCAUAUCAAGAGAAAGAGAGCGUACCCCCAAAGAGGGUCUCGGUCAUGCCGGAGACAGUUCCAUUCUUGAAAAUAUCAAGAGAUUGGUUGAGAAAGGCAUCUCUGAUCAUUUUCUCCAUCCACUGUUUUCAGGAGAUUUGUCCAAUGGUUUUCCAUCACCUGCCUUCCACGAGGAUGUUGCUGAAAAUGCUAGGGCUGAGUCUGAGCAAAGCCAGGAGGCAAAGGAGGGCUGGGCACCAUUUAGCACCUUCUUGUCCACGGGGUUCCUCAGAGAUUUAAUUAGUGGGCUGCUAUCAAAAAUAUUCCCUUCCAUGCCACCCAGAGAUGCUGCGUCUCCCCUGGUGAAAAGGCUGCCAUCGGAAUCAGACCUGAACAAUCUCGCCACACAGCUGCUGGAUGAUGUCCGAAUGAAACUUUUGAAACAUGAGAUUAGAGUCACAGAAGAUGCUCACCCAGAAGAGUGUGAGUACUCAGAGGAAGAUGUUCAGAAUAUGACAGACUCGCUAUGCAGCAAGAUCAUCCAACGAUCUGGCUCCCUUGAAGCUGUCCAGAGAGACGUGAAAAGCAAGAGUACUAGUCUGAUUGACCGAAUUGCUGGCUUCCUUGUUGGAGACAUCCUCCAGAAGCAUGUUCAACCCUUUGUGUCCGCAGAAGACCCACAUGCUUGCAGCAGAGCUGCUGUGGGGGACUCGAGCGGAGGAAUGGCGAUGCAUCAGACAGAGGCUCAGCCCUUGGACUUUAGGCAAACAGGCUGGGAACAAGAGGAAGUGAUGGGUUUCAUCAGCAGAGCAAGACAGGAUUAUCCUGUGCCCACACCAUCCUCGGCUUCUCCUCCAGGCCAGUCACGCCCAUCUUCCACUCUUAUCUCAAAAACCGCUGGCUGGACAAUCCACCAUGUGAAACUUGGCGAUGGAGAGCCACAGACAACCCAGGUUGAGGAGGGAGCUGAUGUUUACUCAUCCUCCUUUUUGAAGGACAUCUUUAGUGGACUGGUCACCAAAUUGCUCUCAUCAACAACUAGUGCGUGUACACCAGAGGAAAAAAGUUCUGAGGUGGAGUCAUCUGCUAAACAUUUAGUUGAAUCCAUAUUAAAGGAGUUUGCAAAAUCUCCAGUGAAGGUCCUGCAGAUACCUGAAGGAGGACAAACUUUCCCAACUGUGGGGAAAACGGAGAUUGCAAAAAUUAUCCACGCUUCUUUGUGUAGCAUCUUGCUAGACUGGGGUUCUGGAGCUCCCAUCUGCACAGACAAAGGAAGUGACCAUACAUUAGCAGAGAGAUUGGCCCGAGCAAUAAAGAAAGAAAUUUGCAGCUACCAGAUCCAAGGGACAUCCACAGAGGCCUGUCAGAGCCCAGCUUUGAAGCCCUUUGAAUUGGGAGAAAUGGCUAAGAAAGUGUUGAUGGAGGUGAGGAAGAUCAACACUCCCUCCCAGACGGUGACCCCCUAUCCACUCCUGGUGUCUCAGAGAUUUAUACAUGAUGUUCUGGCAGUCCUCUUAGCAAGAUUUCUGCCUCUUCCCACAGCGGAUGCUGCACCUGCUGACACAGAAGACCAGUGUGCCGAAUUUGAUUUUAUUCACAUGAAACUCCUAAGCAAAGUCAUGGCAGAACUUGCUAAGGACAAGGACGCCAAGGUCCAGUACCUCGACAGGGUGCAGCCCAACCGCGUGAUCAGCCAAACCGUGGCCAACUCCAUCUAUAGCAAUCUUUUGCCAGAAUUUGGCACAACAGCCACCGUGGAGAAGUGCAUCAAAGCAGGCUGCACAGUCCUCUCCGAGAGGAUUGCUGACUUUGUGAUCAAAGAGAUUUCUGGGCAUCAGAUGCAGACAUACUUCAUGGAAGAGCUGAAUCGACAGCAAAAGGCCGAGGAGGCCGAGAGAGAACUUGAACAGCAAUACAGCCCUGGACCACUGGAAGAGGAAACCCCCUUGCAGUCCCACCUCCGAGGGCUCUCAUCCAUUUUCAUAGAGGAGGUGGCUGCUAAACUUCUCUCAAAAGUAUUCCAUGCUCUUCCACUAGAAGACAUGGAUGCUGGAACCAUUGCCUCCAUGAAAGAGGUGGCCAAGAAAAUAAUUAACUCUUUGCAAAGGCACCUUUCCAAGAACAAGUUUAGGGUUUGGCAGCAGGCUGAUACAGAAGACUUGGGUUCAGAGGACAGCCAAGCUGUCGGAGAGGUGGUUGAUUCAGUUUACACGGAUAUCGUAAAACAUUCCAGUUCAGGGACCUCUCUGUAUGAAGACAUCACUAACAAGAAUGAUGAUUUUGUGAACCAAGUGGCCUGCUUUGUGGUGAGUGAAAUUUCCAGGCGCGACUUCCAGUCACUCUCAGGCUCAGAGGAUGAGCUGUGCAGCCCUAGUGCAGUGAUACAGCUGGAAUCUGAAAGGAUUGUCAAGAAAUUUCUUAGUGACAUGGAUCUGGGGGAAGCCAAGGAUGACCUCUCCGAAGCACACAUCCCUCUGGUGCCUGUGCUUUUCUUGGAGGAGAUCCUGUCCCGGUUCCUGACCACAAUCCUCCUUGCACAAUAUGACCUGGGCAUUCAUGGGAAAAAGAGCUUGUCCACAACAAAUGUCAACGAAAUCGUUGGCCUGCUGAAGACCUCUGUGGAGAAAGAAAUGUCUAAGAACAAAAUUGGCCUUGUAGCUUCCAAUGAUAAGCCGAUCCUGGAUCCAGAGUAUGAAGAGACAGUCAACCAGGUUGUGCACUCAGUCAUCAGCAAUGUCCUGGAGAAAUCCGGCUCCCAAAAGGAACUCUACAAUGACAUGACCACUCGCCAAGUGAUAUUCCCUGAGCAAGUGGCCAGCAUCAUCAUCAAUGAGAUCUCCAGCUGCACCGUAGGCAAACCCCUGGGAGAAAACUUGGAAAACGAGACCUUCAGUGCGCUGGAGCUGGACCGCAUAGUCAGCAAGGUCCUUGCUCGGGUCAGCUCUCACAUGGAGGUUGAGGAAGACGAGGCUGUGCUCGAGCUCUCGAGUCCCCCAGAGACACAAGAGGAAUCUACUCUGGAUGGCCUGCCGCAGACGGGAGAUGUGCCAAUAAAAAUUGUCCCCUACAUCAGGAAUAAGCCCUUAGAGAUCAACCCAGAUAUCAUUGCAGAUCAUCUGGCCGUGCUCUCCAUCAAAACAGAGCCACUGGAAAAGCUGAAGAAGGCUUGCCUGUCAAAGACAGGCAUGAGCCUGACCGAACUGAGGCGGGCGUCCGCUUCAGGGAAGAGUCUCUCCAGUGAACUGCCCAUUGAGGAAGACCACAAAAAGAAGGAGCGGCGACCAUCCCUGGACAUGGCCGGGCGCCUCGGUGUGAAGCCAAAGGAGCUGCUGUCGGCAUGCAUCUCUCCCGGGACACGGAGGAGACCUCGGGGCAGUUCGAGAUCAUGUCUGUCUAUCAGGACAAGAAAAUCAAGGAGACUCUCCCAGAACACGGUCCAGGGCGUUUGUGCCUGCUGUGGGAAACCGGUCCAGAACGCAGAAGAGCUGGGGUUCAGGCUACGCACAGCAAAAUCUAUGCUCGAGGCCCCGGCCUCCUCGGCAGGGGGCUGGCCCCUCCGGCAGCGCAGAGCUGGAGUGGCCGGGCUCCUUCGCAGCUGUUGCUGUGGCAGAAUGGCUCGCCUUGAGGGGAGCCUGCCAAGGCCGUCUCUGCUCCCGGGAGGGGCGCACCCGAGCGGCGACUCGCAGAGGGACACAACAGGUGCAGGCGGCGGCGCUGGGCUCUUCCGCUCCAGAAAGGGGGCCCUUCCCCAGGCUUCCCGCAAGGCCGGUCCAACAGCCCUUCUCCCGCUAUCUCGGGGCCGGGACCCGGACGCAAAGGCGGCCGUCCGCUGCCCUCCGUGGAUGCAGGGCCCCCGUCUGUGGACGUGCUGCAAGGACCAAGGAGAAAACCACGGCAAGGUGGUUGCGACCACCAGCUCGGAGGCCCACGUGCCCCCCCGGCAGCGCCCGUCUGUGGUCCAAAAAGUCUCCAGUGCCUUGUCCAGGGUCUUCUCUCGCACUUCAACGAGCCACCUGCCUGCAGGCCAGGAGAAGACUGCAGGGGAGCGCGCCUGA